CUCAGCCCCGGCCGGUGACGACCUACGACCGCGCACAGCCGCCAUUUGCCGUCUAACCCUGACCGCUUCAGGGAUUCUGGUUCACAAUGGCUGACAAUCAAGAGAAAGACUUGCAGAAAUUUCUUAAAAAUGUGGAUGAAAUCACUGCUUUAAUCCAAGAGAUGAAUUCUGAUGACCCAGUUGUACAAGAGAAAGCUAUCCUCAAGACAGAAAAGAGACUGCUGCUCACAGAGGAAGACCAAGAGGAGGAUGGAUGCAGAACCACCUUGAACAAGACCAUGAUCAGUCCUCCACAAGCUCCUGCGAAGAAUGCAGAUGAAGUAAACUCAGAGGCCUUCUUGGCAUCCAUGGAGAAGGAUGCAAAGGAACGUGCCAAGAGAAGAAGGGAAAACAGAGUCUUAGCAGAUGCCCUAAAAGAAAAAGGGAAUGAAGCCUUUGUCAGAGGCAAUUAUGAGACAGCCAUCCUCUGCUACAGUGAGGGUUUGGAGAAGCUGAAGGACAUGAAAGUGCUGUACACCAACCGAGCCCAGGCCUACAUAAAACUUGGGGACUACCAGAAGGCAGUGGUGGAUUGUGAUUGGGCUCUGAAGUGUGAUGAAAAAUGCACCAAAGCAUAUUUCCACAUGGGAAAAGCUCACCUGGCUCUAAAGAACUACAGUGUGUCCAGAGAGUGUUUUCAGAAGAUGUUAGAAAUAAACCCCCAGCUGCAGACACAGGUGAAAGGUUACCUGAAUCAAGUAGAUCUUCGGGAGAAAGCAGACCUUCAAGAGAAGGAAGCCCAUGAAUUGCUGGGUGCAGGAAAAAACACAGCCGUAACAACCAAGAAUCUCUUGGAGACUCUUUCUAAGCCUGAUCAGAAUGCCUUGUUCUAUGCGGGGGGCAUUGAAAUCCUGACCGAAAUGAUGAAGGACUGCACAGAACGAACUUUAUUCAGAACACAUAACGGAUUCAGUAUAAUCAGUGGGAAUGAAGUCAUAAAAAGGUGCUUUUCCACAGCAGGAAAAGAUACUGUGGAAGAGACUGUGUGUGUGUCCGUUCUCAGGCUCUGGCAAGCAGUGUGCAGCGGGAACGAGGAAAACCAGCGCCUGCUUGUGACACACCCUGACUCAGGCAGGCUGCUGCCCUCCCUCUUGGCCUCGGGGGUCCUGACCAUCCAGGAGCAGAGCCUGGCCCUGCUACUGCAGCUCGCCCAGACGGAGAAUGGCCGGAGCCUGAUCAUCAGCCACCUGGACCUGACCCGAUUGUUGGGAGCCCUGGUGUCAUUUCUUGAAUUCUCCGAUAAGAAGGCCGACUCAGCCAUGGGACUGCUCACAGACUUGGCUCUGGAAGAAGGAUUCCAAGUCUGGUUCCAGGCCAACCUUCCAGAUGUUCUCCCGGCACUCACAGGCGUUCUGAAAAGAGACCCCACGGUAACCAACACCUCAGCUCUCAGCCAGUGUAUUGCCAUCAUGGGAAACCUCAGUGCUGAGGCUGCCACCCGAAGACAGAUGUCAGCCUCUGAAGAAUUUGGAGAUGCCUGCUUGGGCCUCAUGGCCCGGUGUGAGGAGGAUGUGGACCUGUUUAGAGACAUCAUGUAUAUGCUCCUGGGACUCCUAAUGAACUUGUGUCUUCAGUCCCCCUUUGUCUCUGAGGUUUGGGCCACGGAAGUGAGCAGGAGGUGCAUGUCUCUACUGAACAGCCAGGAUGGAGGAAUCCUGACAAGAGCUGCAGGUGUUCUCAGCCGCACCCUUUCUUCCUCUCUGAAGAUUGUCGAGGAGGCCCUAAGAGCAGGAGUGGUGAAGAAGAUGAUUAAAUUCCUGAGGGCAGGAGGCCAGACCGCAUCACGUUAUGCUGUGAAGACACUAGCCAUCUGCACGAAUAGUUAUCACGAAGCACGGGAGGAAGUGAUAAGACUAGAUAAAAAGUUCAGUGUUCUGAUGACACUGCUCAGCUCGGAGGAUGAGGUUCUGGUGGGCAAUGCCGCCCUCUGCCUGGGGAAUUGCAUGGAGGUGCCACAGGUGGCGUCCACCCUGCUGAAGACGGACAUAGUGCAGGUCUUGUUGAAGCUUGCGGGAGGUGAUGCGCAGAAGACAGCCGUGCAGCUGAAUGCAGGGAUCGCUUUGGGGAAGCUGUGCACGGCCGAGCCGAGGUAUGCUGGGGUGGCCUUGUUGGUUGCAUUUCAGAACGAGCAGGCCAGGGCCAGCCAGGGGGUCGUGCUGUGGCCGGCACUCUGCCCCACAGAACCCUGUGGGCAGCCCGGGAGUCCUGCUGCCUUCCACAGAGACAGGUGUUGGGUCCCAGCAGUGCCUCUCAGGAAGAAGCCUACUUCCCUGAGGGUACUGGGGAGCCUUUGUGCUCCAUCUGAGAAGGAAGCCUUUUUUUAUCUGUCGGGUUUGCUCCGUGUGCUCACUGCCAUUGUCUCCUCUCCAUUCCACUUCCUCACUCUCCAUCCUGCUCUCCUCCUCUUUCACUUCCUCCCCUCCCACACCACCUCUGCUCUCUCCCUCCUCUACUUUUCCAUAAAAAGUUAAAUCUCUCACUUCAUUUUUGUUUGCCCAGGGCCUAAGCCUAUUGGAAAAUUUCCAGGGAAGGUAACAUUCUUGUGCUGGAGAAAACUAAAAUGAGGUGGACAAGCCAGGGCAAGAGACCUUUGCCUUAACUGUGUACAUUGCUUCUCUUUGGUUCACCCUUCGGUUCUGCUUGGGUCCUGUUCUGACACACUGAAACACUGAGUCAUUUAUGCCCCGCAAGGCGCCCCUCUGUGGCUGCACAAUGGGGCCCCAGCACAGAUGGGGUGGCUUCCUCGACAGAGAGGGUCUUUGGCCUGUCUUGUU